GGCAGUUCUCAGGUUUCCUUUUUCUGACAAGAGAAACAUUAUGGGGUCCUACUUGCAGUGGUACAGCCCAGCGUGACAAUAUAUCUCGAUACGUGUGAACCAUGCCGAAAUCUAAGAGGGAUAAGAAAAUUUCCUUAACAAAAACAACUAAAAAGGGAUUGGAAUCGAAACAGAACUUAAUAGAAGAGUUGCGGAAAUGUGUGGACACGUACAAAUACGUAUUCAUUUUCUCCGUUGCCAAUAUGAGGAACAACAAACUAAAAGACAUCCGGACGGCAUGGAAACACAGUAGAUUCUUUUUUGGUAAAAACAAAGUCAUGAUGAUCGCUCUGGGCAAAGGACCAACGGAUGAGUACAAAGACAAUUUACACAAGAUCACCAAGUUCCUGAAAGGUGAAGUGGGGGUCCUGUUCACAAAUAAAACCAAGGAAGAGGUGCAAGAGUAUUUCAGUAACUUCAAAGAGAUGGAUUUUGCUCGGUCAGGAAACAAGGCAUAUAUGGCCAUCACUCUGGAUGAAGGACCCCUCACACAGUUCCCCCACUCGAUGGAGCCUCAACUGAGGCAGUUGGGACUACCAACAGCCCUCAAGAAAGGUGUGGUGACACUGCUGAAGGAUUAUGAGGUGUGUAAAGAUGGGGACACAUUGACGCCAGAGCAGGCCCGGAUACUGAAACUCUUCAGUAUUGAGAUGGCAGAGUUCAAGGUGACGAUAAAGUGCAUGUGGAACUCUGAGACGGGAGACUUCGAGAAACUGCAGGGGGAGGAAGAGGAGGAUGAGGAGGAGGCCAUGCAGGGUGAUGAAGUAGAAGAGGAUGAGGAGGCUGAAUGAGAUUGGACUACAUUUUCAGAGCUUUGUUUUUACAACAAGCCCAAUGUGUUGCACCAGUGGUCUAAAAUCCAAAUUGCAAGUUUUUUAUUUUUAUUUUAUUUUAUUUGUUUAACACAAGAAUGUUGCAGAAGAUGGAUGUGUAUCAAAAUGAGUAUCAUCAAUUGGAGGACUUAAUGUUCAUAGAAUCGCCUGUUAAACGCAAAUUUCACCAAAUGCUGGUGUGCAGCAUAUUCCAGGGACGGUUCCAAAUGUUGUAAUUUCUCAGCAAAUGCUUAAUUCUGCUGACUUUGGCAAGGUGAAUACAGAAAGCUGUUCAGUGGUUCAGCUCAAGGUCCCCCCCCCAUUUUCUGUAUUUACAGUAUAUAGUUGUAUAACUUGUGGGGGAUGGAGGGCAAUCUAAGAGUGAUCUGAACGGUGGCAUUAGUACUAAUGUGUACAUUCUUGGAAUAUAAACAUUUGUUAGUAAAUAUUUGGUAAAUCCUUUUAACGGGAGACAUUUCCAAUAACGAUGGCCCUCAUUAUUCAUGCAGUUAUGCAAAUAAAUCCCUUUAGUGGGAGAUGGACAGAACACAAUGAACCACCUGUAACUGCCGCAAUCCAUCACCAGCAAUGGAAUCGUAGCAGAGCUGUACUCUCAAAGCCUUUGAGAAUGACGUUUUGCAGUCUACCCUCCCAGUGUGGUGAACUAUUUCACUGUGGUGGUGUACAUAGUCUGUGUCAUUGUAAUAAACUGUAUUCUUUUCA